AUGUUCUGGUUGUUUUUCCUGUCUUUAUUGCCAUUCAUAUCUAGUGAAGCUGGUGAAUAUAUAUUUGGUCAUAGGCUGGAUGCCAAACUCUUGAGAAGAUACAACAGUAUCGGAAAGCGUUCUUGUUGCAAUAAAUGCGUCGAGUAUACAAAUUGUCAGUCUAUAAAUUACAAUGUAUUUAAUUUUUCUUGUGAGAUCAACUAUGAGCACAACCCUGGGCUGCAAUCCAAGAAUGGUCAUGAUGAGUACGUUUACAUGGACAAAGCCAAAUGCAAUUCUCUGAUCUCUCCAUGUCCGAAUUUUUGCAAUCUUUCGUGUUUGGCCAACCAAAAAUGUGUCUUUAUCAACUUCACAGAACCAACAUGUGUAACCACGGAAUGCGACACCUCUGAUGUUAUACCAGACAUAAUACCACGGAAUGUUCGGAGAGAAACGGGCAGAAAACACUGGUUUGACUGUACAAUCCCGCCAACCCCGAGUAAGCAACAUUUCACAUGUGAUACAAAUGGAAUAUGGAAGAAGACAUUUAGUGAAUGUAAGUGCUGGUAUGGAACAUAUUUAGAUGGAUCAUCUUGUGUGAAAUGUCCAGCGGGGAAAUAUUUGCCCAGGUAUGGAAAAGUGGGAUCAGGUUCUUGUAAAGACUGUCCAGCGGGAAACUAUACAACUGCAGCAGGACAGAGUUGGUGCAAAGGAUGCUUGUUAGGGCAUUAUCAAAGCAGUACCGGACAAACGAGUUGUUCACCAUGUCCAUUAGGCCAGUAUAGCUCGACAGAGGGCGCUAGUACUUGCAUGUCAUGUCCUCUUGGUCAGUACGCAGACAGUACUGGGACAAUUGCAUGUAAGAUCUGUCCUACUGGACAGUUCAGUGACAACGUUGGUACUUCCGUUUGCAAAGCAUGUCCAACAGGAGAAUUCAGUAAUACUGAAGGUGCCAGUAACUGCAAGAAAUGCCCAAUAGGAAAAUUUACCGAUACUGUAGGUUCAGCUACGUGCAAAGUAUGUCCAGCAGGAACAUUCAGUGAUGCCCAAGGUGCCAGUAUUUGUCAGGCAUGUCCGCCGGGACAAUUUAGCAGCUUUAGUGAGUCUACUUCUUGCACACCAUGCCCAGUUUAUCAGUACCAAGAUAACUCAGGAUCGACCCAUUGUAAAUUUUGUGCUACCGCUGUAGAUAUUGGAUCGACAUUUUGUCCCUUUAUGCCUUAGUCACAUUCCCGGCCGGUGGCCGUAGACCAGUGGUAAUCUGUGGUGUGAGCGAUGCCCCUGCAUCGGUCCACAUCGGCCUAGCAUUCCUUAAAGUAUCAGUCACAUUAUCUAGCGAUUGGGUAUACGAUGGGCAACCAAUGCGUUUUUGAUAAAGAUGGCGUGGUUGCCGGACGGACUUACAAAGUCCGGCGAUGCAUUGCUAACCAUAACACGAUGUUCCAGGAUAAUCGGCCGGUGUAUAUUACAUCGCUCAUACAUUGGUGAACAUUGUUCGAACAUCGGUCGGCUAUUGGCCAAUGUUUGGUCGAACAUCGACCGAUGACCGGCCGACGUCUGUUGCCCACCAUUCAAUCCCCCUAAGACUUCAGAUUCAACGGUUACUUGAAGAUGCUCGGCCAUACAUCGGCCAAUCCUUGAAAGAUGUGUUAAUGAUGGGUUGCCGAUGAGGAGCGAUGUGGAUACAUCGGUGAUUUUUAACUAUAACUUAUUUUCAACCGACGACCCCCACCGAUUCGCCAAAUGGCCUCAGUCACCGUCCGAUUACUAUAGUUGUCCGGCCGGCAACCACGCCAUUUUUAUCAAAAAAAGUAUCGGUUUCUCAUCGCAUGCCCCAUCGCUGGAUAAUGUGACUAAUACUUAGAUAAGCUGCCAUUUGAGGGCAUCAUUGUUUCACAAACAUAUCUUGUUUAUGAUAAAUAUAUAUUUAUUUUCGCCAAAAUCAUUUUAGAACGGAUCUGCAAUUCUCUACUACAUUGAAAGUAUAGGGGAAUCGUUUUAACCGUAGUGAGAGCCUGUUCCGAG